CUAGUUGAUGCCUCGAGACAGAUCCAGAGGUCAAAUGUCGAACCCCAACAAUUGGCAGGAGGAGGCGAUGCGCCGUCUGCGUCAGAUGCAGACGCGGGGCGGCUAUCCCGGAGGACGAGGGCCUCAGAUGCCCAGAGGAGCGAAUCCCGCGCUCUUUGGAGGAAUCCUUCUGGCGGGUGGCGCCUAUCUGCUGUCGAACUCGCUGUUCAACGUGGACGGUGGUCACCGAGCGAUCAAGUACCAGAGAUUAACGGGUGUGAGCAAGGAGAUCUACAGUGAAGGAACACACAUCAAUAUCCCAUGGUUCGAGACGCCCAUCAUCUAUGACGUACGAGCAAAGCCGCGGAACGUUGCCUCCUUGACAGGCACCAAAGACUUGCAGAUGGUCAACAUCACCUGCCGUGUUCUCUCAAGACCGAGCGUCGAAUCUCUGCCCCAGAUCUAUAGAACGCUUGGAACCGACUACGAUGAGCGAGUGCUGCCUUCGAUUGUAAACGAGGUGCUGAAGAGCGUCGUCGCCCAGUUCAAUGCCAGCCAGCUCAUCACGCAGCGAGAAAUGGUUGCCAAGCUAGUACGAGACAACUUGUCUCGCCGAGCUGCGCGAUUCAACAUCCUGCUUGACGACGUGUCUUUGACGCACCUCGCCUUUUCUCCUGAAUUCACAGCUGCUGUUGAAGCUAAGCAGGUUGCGCAACAAGAGGCGCAGCGAGCAGCCUUCGUCGUCGACAAGGCCCGACAGGAGAAGCAAGCCAUGGUUGUCAAGGCACAGGGUGAGGCUCGAUCCGCUGAGCUGAUUGGUGAUGCUAUCAAGAAGAGCAAGGCCUACGUGGAGCUGAAGAAGAUUGAGAAUGCUAGACUCAUUGCGCAACAGCUGCAAGAGUCCGGAGCGAAGAACAGGCUGCUUCUAGAUGCUGAAGGUCUGGGCCUCAACGUCUUUGAGGAUUCAGAUAAGAAAUAAGGGGAGGAAAAAAAAAGAAAGGAAGUUGUGGUGGAUGUGGACGAGAAGAUAUAAAUCUCCGCUGCAUGCUUGACUGUACAAAAAUGAAAAAAAUUGUAUUACUAUAAUGAGAAUCUUAACUGGAGGGUAUACUGGG